ACUAGCUGUGUGUAACCGGACGUGUAGGAUUUUUUAUCGUGAUGAGUGCGACGUGGCCAUGUGGUUUCAGUCGCGCGUAAGAUAAGGAAAUAGGUCCAUGAAAAUUCACGCGAUUUCGGACACCGAAGUGUGCCGGUCGACGACGACGACGAGCAAGUUAUGAACACGCUGUGCCUCGGUCGAGAAACAAGUCGAAUCCUGUUCUACUAGAGUUGCGGAUGACACGACGACUGCCGUGAGAAUGAUGCGGUUGUCGACGGUGAACGACCGGGACCUUCCGGCGAUUCGCCUGCUCUUCCUCUUCUUCCUGCUCGGCGUUCCCGGCUUCCACUGUCUCGAGGUAAUAUACGCAAUCAACGCGGGUGGCGACUCGCACACGGACAGCUAUGGGAUACACUACGCCAGGGACCCGCUCAUGGGUGGUAAGGUCGGCACGGCCUCAGACUAUGGGAAGCAGCUGAUCAUCGGGCGCGUCAACAACGUGGACCAGAUACUCUAUCAGACCGAGCGCUACCAUCACAACACCUUUGGAUACGACAUCCCGAUCAGCCAGGAUGGGAACUACGUCAUGAUACUCAAGUUCUGCGAGGUGUACUUCAACUCGCCGAACAUGAAGGUCUUUGACGUUGUCCUGAACGGUGAUCAUACUGUUGUCACUGAUUUGGAUAUCUUCGAGAGGGUUGGUCGAGGUGUGGCACAUGACGAAUACGUUCCGUUCAGGGUGCAGGGUGGAAAAUUGAUAUACAACGAUGAGGAAUCAGAUAUUCUUGCGGGGAAGAUAAGAGUAGAAUUUAUAAAAGGUUAUAGGGACAAUCCGAAAAUAAAUGGUAUAGCAGUUGUGAAAGGUGUUUUGGAUGAUGUACCGCAAUUGGGACCGAUACCGCCCGAUCCGGAGGAUUAUCACGGUAUACAAGAAGAGGAGGAGGAGACCACCGUACGUAGCAGACAUACAAGUGGGCCGAGAACACCCGACCCAUACUUGAUAGACGAUUCGUCUAUAAUGUUACCUGUUUUUGUAGCCAUCGGCGCUUUUAUCCCAUUAUUGUUCUGUUUAUGUAAAUUAUAAGCGAACACGCGCAUAGAAAUGCCUUGUACUUAACGGUAACAGUGUUCCCGAUUAUUUAGGCUCGCUCAAUCCAUGAGAGGACGUCUAAAUAGUGUAAAUAAAUAAUCAUUUAUCUAUGCUCCUCUGCAUUGCCAGAUUUAGUGUGUGUAUGUGAGAAUAUUUAUUAUUAAUAAUUUAUAAAUGUAGAUAUUAUUUGGGAUGUGCUUUCCGCAUGUUUACUUGAAUAUUGAUUUUUGGAAUAUUUUAUAAGCGUUAAUUUUUUUCGAAAAAAUUAAUAUAAUUUUGUUCAUGACAUUUAAUAUCUAAUUAUUUUAUAAUUAAGUCUAAAUCAUUACUUAAGAUUACUAAUUCUUAAGCUAAUUUUGAAAAUUAAAGUGAUAAUUUUUAAAAUCUACUUAAUAUAAUAAAAUUAAUUUGUUUUAUUUAAACCGCUAACAUAUUUCAAUUUAUAAAAAUCCUUGAAUUUUUUAUCCACAUAAAUUAAAUUAAUGUAUGGAUAUUACAUUAUAUAGUUGCUCUAAGAAUGAAAGUGUAAAGAAUUCGAAAUACCUGAUGUAAAAGUGCUUAAAAAUCUCCAAUCUCUUUAUUUUAGUAACAAUAUUUUAACAAAUUUAUAAUCGAUUCUUAAGGAAUAUUUUGAAUUUAGAAAAGUUAUAUAUCUUAAUAUAUAUCUUAAAUUUCUUGGUAAUUAAAUCACUAUUAAAAUUCAAAAAAGUAUCCAUGUUAAUCAGCUUGAGCGUAAUAAAACGUUAUCAUUUAAUUGUAAAAUAAUUUUUAUGUUUACAAAUUUAUUUUCAGUUUCACCGUCCUUUUAAUUAAAAAAUUAAUUCAAUGUAUAUUCUGAUUAAAUGAGUCAAUUAAAAAAAAUGUCUUAUUGAAGUGUGAGAUGUGUGUGUGUGUGUGUGUGUGUGUGUGUGUGUGUGUGUGUGUGUGUGUGUGUAGAUUUUGGGGUAAUUCUGCAUAUACACCUGUAUUUUACAUACCAGAUAAAUAUCUAAAUAUAUAAAAGUUAAAUAUAUAUACAUAUAUAUUGAUUGAUUCUAGAAAUCAAUGUGUAGAAAACUUUCAAGGGAUAUAUGACAAUUUGUGCUGAAAAUUUUUUAUUGCUUUGUAUUUUAAAAUCUUAUAUCCUAUAGUGUUCGUAAUUUAUCAAACAUUAUGUCACGUUUUCUCUUACACAACCUGAUUUCGAAAAAUUUGAACAUCGAUAUGGCAUUUAUUAUAUAAUUUAUAAUAUGAAGUAAGCUUUUAGUUUAUAUUUAUCGAGAUAUGUUAUCGAGAUGCCCGGGAAAAAGUUUCAUAUAUAAAUAUAUAUAAAAUAUGUCUUUAUGUUUAUAUUACUUUCCUUUUUUUUGUAAAAUUUCUGUUUGAUAUGAAAAAAUAAUAGUCAUAUCGAGAAGAUAGAAACUAAUUAAAAAAAUAAUUUUUGCAUUGCUUCUUUUAAAAAAGUUAAGUAUGAAAAAUUGUCCAUAUUCCAGAAUAUAUAUGGUUAUAUUAUAUGAACAAUUUUUCAUACUUAGCUUUUUUAAAAGAAGCAAUUUAAAAAUUAUUUUUUUAAUUAGUUUCAAUCUUUUCGGUAUGACUUAUUGUUUCAUGUCAAACAGAAAUUUUACGAAAGAAAGGAAACUAAUAUAAACAUAUAUGGGCAUUUUAUAUAUAUUUAUAUGUUUUUAUACGAAACAUUUUUUUCCAGGUGGAUAUUUGAAAACAGAUAAAAGUCUUAUAGUCCAUUAAAUAUCAAAGUAUGUUGAUUCAUAAUAUGAUCAAUCUUGUACAUUGGAAUAAAUAAAACUGUUAUUAUGAUAAGA